AAAAUCUACAGAAAAUUUUACAGAAAAUCCACAGCGGAACGGAAAAAGAACAUUGAAUAAUUGAAAAGACACAUCGUUUCCAGAAACUUCACUAGGACAGCUAGUCACUGAUAUUUCUGACAAGUCAAUGCUCAAUGCUCUUUGAGUGACAUUGUGGCUGAGUCAGCGACAGUGAUUCAAUUCCGGAGUGACAACUCAACUCCAGAGUGGCAAUUCUCCGGAGUGACAGAGACGACGCUGCGUGUGGGACGUCAGACAUAGAAGACCGGCAACGAUCGAGCUAUACGAGUAGAGUGAAGAACGGAGCUUCUGGUGCCAUGGAGGUGUUCAGUUGAACACAACGUUUGUUGAAUUAGGAAUCAUCCACCAUGAAGCUGUUACUUUUUGGCAUCGUGCUCCUGCGUCAUCUCGGCCUCUCAUUGGCUGACUUCCGGAUCAUCAGCUGCACCGAGACGUCCUUUUUGCGCCACAUGGCCGCGGGCGAUCGGACUGCUGUCGCGCGCUGUCUGGCACACCAGCGAAGGAGGCUCAGGCUGUGCCGACUGGGGCUGCCCGCUACGCUCCGGCCCCCGGCUGCCCUGGAGCGGCUCUGGAGGGAGAGCUGUCACACUGCCACGACCAGUGGGUCCAAUGGAUCCACUGGUCCCAGCACCACAUCGUCUCCACUCCCUGCCCCGCCUUUAGCGGCUGCCGCUUCACGAGCGACAAUAUCACCAACACCGACACCAGCAGCAGCAGUGACACCAAUAGCGACACCAGCGCCCACAGCGAUACUAGCGCCAACAGCGACACCUGACGAGACAACAGCACCGACAGUGACACCAACAGUGACACCAGCACCAACAGUGACACCAGCUCCGUUACCGACACCAGCACCAACAGUGACACCAGCUCCGUUACCGACACCAGCAACGACACCUUCACCAACGUCAGCACCACCAGCAGCACCACCAAUAUCACCAUCAGUGACUCCCGCGGCAGAGGUUCGCCCCCUGCCGCCGCCGCCGCCCGGGGCACCAGUCAGCUCAGCGGGGCCCGGUCGAGGCGCUGGGGAGCCUCCCCAGCGUGGGGACGGGGUGCUGGGACCGACCCCGGCUGUCGAGGUGUCCCGGGCAGCCGCAGGAACUCUGACGGCCACUGCCGGACAGGGACGGUCAGCACAGGACCAGCGCCGGGGACCGGGGCGAGGGACGCAGUCGGCACCGACAGGUAAGACCACAGGCUGCGCAGUGCGCACUUACCGCUGCACUACCGGGACAAGUGGGGCAAUGUGCGAAUGAAACCGGGAAUACCGCAGUCA